GGAUACCGAGGGGACAUUCGGUACGCUUUGAAUGUGCUGGUUUGGAAAUAAUACCACGAGGAAAGCUAGAGAAGACAAACAAAAGUGAAACAAGUUUCUAUUUAUUUUAAUUGAGCGAGAGAAUUUUUUUUGUAGUAGAAGAUGGAUGGGGCUGGAAAAUCUGCAACAUUUGACAAGAAAAUUGUGAAACAACUAGAGUUUUACUUUAGCGAUACAAAUUUGCCCCAUGAUAAAUUUCUAUUGCAAAAACUUGAAGAAGAUGAAGGAUGGGUGACAAUUGAUUGUCUUCUCUCAUUUCCUCGCUUUAAGUCCAUUGUGAUUGAUAUUAUUGAAAAUGCUUUGAAAACUGAAGGUAGUGGUCUGCUUGAGUUUGAUGAGACAAAGACAAAGCUACAUCGAACAAAACCUCCGCCUGAGUUUAAUGAUGAAUAUAACAUGGAAGCCAAGGAAAAGACUAUUUUCUGUGAAGGUUUUCCUGAAACUACAACUUUGGAUGAUUUGGAGGGAUUUUUUGAAGGCAAGGGGAAGUGUGUGAAAAUAUGUAUGAGGCGGCUAUUUGAUGAAAAAAGGAGCUUCAAGGGAUCAGUUUUUGCUGAAUUUGAAACCAAAGAGGACGCAAAUGCAUUUGUUGCAAUGAAAGAUCUCAAAUACAAAGAAAAUGAACUCACUUACAUGUUGAAGGAUGAUUAUUUCAAAAGCAAAAAGAAGAAAUAUGGUGAAAACAAAGACAAAAAUGCAGUAGGAACUGACAUUAACAAGGAUAAGAAUGAGGAGGUAGACUACCCAAAGGGACGAGUUCUUCAUUUCAAUGGAGUGGGUGGUCAAAGUACUCGUGAGGAAAUACGUGAAAUAUUUAACAUAGACAACUAUCAAGUGAAAUGGGUAACCUUCAACACAGGAGAGAAAGAGGGAUUCAUAAGAUAUGACAAUGAUGCUGAGAAAGCCAUGAAGGCACUAAUGGAGAAAAACAAUAACAAAGUCAUGAUACGUGAUGUGGAAACUACCUUACGCCUUGUUCAAGGCGAUGAAGAGAAAGACUAUUGGAUAAAAGCAAAAGAAGAUAUGGCAAAGGUCAAAAAUAAGGGUAAGUACUCUAGAGGCCACAUGAAACGAGGAAGAAAUAACAGCAUGCAAAAAAGAGACGAACCUCCAGCCAAACAGGCUAAAUCUAACACCUAAAGUGAAUUGUAUGCUGUCAUACAAUCUAUAGUUUGGUGACCAUGUUCAAAUGUGUAAAUGUAAAUCAAUGUUUUUGUUUUGUGAUGUUUUUGUUUUGUGAUGUUUUUGUUUUGUUGUGUUUUUAUUUUGUUGUGUUUUUAUUUUAUGUAAGAAAUUUAGCCAGAAAUUAAAGACAAACUUUAUUAAUAAUUAUUGUCGAUUGCAGAUGGAAGAUUUUAUAAAUCAUAAAUUAGUAGCCUUCGUUAGAAAAUGUGAUUGAUUUAUAGUUUGGAAAAUACUUUCUAAGAAUUUCUGUACUAAUUUUGUGAUCAGCUUGUCCAAACCCCUGAAAUUAAAGACAUUUACCUAAAUAUACAAAUCUUAACAAUCCUUAAUUAUAAAGUUCAUCAUGUAAGCUAAAUGUUUUUGAAAUAGUAAAACCAGACUUUUCAA